AAAUAAGUUUUGAAAGUAUACACACGCGUAAAGAAAAGAUGAAAUAUCACUCGUAAAAAACAUUCUACAAGAAUGAAGAAUCAUUUCUGUCCGCUGUAAUAAUAUCUGUCCACUUUUACAUCUCGCAAAAUUAAUCAAAAUUGCUUUCGCUUUUAGAGAAUUUAGUUGUAAUAUGCAACUGACUUGCACUAUUUAAAAUCAUGAAUGUGAAUACACCUAUUAUUCGAGAGAUCCACAAGGGAAAGUCAAAGGCUAGAAUGCUAAUGAUAAUAUAAUUACAGACGAGAUUUAAUGGUGUCCAUCACAGAGACUGAGCACAAGAAUAAGAACUGUAACACUUAAUCGUCUUGCGACUUAUCAAUAAUCGUAUCGAUGUGUAUUUUUGCUUGCAGGUGCAAGAAUCAUUGAACCGAUCGGAAACGAUCACCUGUCUCAAGGAAAUCGCAGCUUAGCGCAAGUUAUCCCAUAGGGAAAGUAUUCGCUCGGAUUGACGGCAUAAAGAGACCUAGCUCUUUCACCGAAUAGACCGCACCGAGAGAAGAAAGAAAGGCAGGUUUCGAUUUCGAUGGGCCUUGGAGGUCGCGGAAGAGCGUAAUGGCGUUUAGUAUAAUCGUCCCCACUAUCCUCGAUUGGACGGAUUUGAAGAAAGUCGUCGUUCUGAAGAAGAUACGCUCUAUACUGCCUGCAUCUGCCUCUCUCCGUCUCCUUUCAUCUCUUACUCUUUCUUUCCAUCGUUCUCGCUUAUGUACGUGUCUACAUGCACCACGGAUACAACAAAUACCAAUGAAACGUGUGCACAUCGAGGGGGGCCCGGAGAGAAAGGUGCUGCUCCAACGUCUUCGAUAUUAGAGAGGAGCUUCUUGAGGAGCGGUGGCCCCAAGGUGGUGGUGGCACCGGGUAGGGAGAAACAGGCCCCUGGGCUUGAUCUGUCCUCAGUUCCCAUGCGAGGCUUCGCUCGAUAUCGUUCAGCAAGACAACGCACGAUCGUCCCGAGCGGUGUCAUGCCGCGAGUCAGCCGUCUUUAACGCGAAAAUCGGCCGGUGAGAGAAGUGCGUGACCCUUUCGGCGAAGACCAAACGAGGAAGAGCGACGAGGAACGACUAUACAGGAUGUGGUCCGCAAAGCUGGUAUUUUUGGCGGCGACGCUCCUCGUCGCCGUGGCUUUCGCCAAGGAGGAGAACUCGUCGUCAAAGAAUCGCGACAAGCGUCAACAACUCGCCUUCCACUUGCGAAAGGGCGGCCGUUUGCCGCCAUAUGCCGUGCAGAUGGAACCGAUAGUGCAGUACUCUCAAAGGGAUCCUCUGUAUAAUCCUUUAGCUAGCCCGAAGAGUGACGAUCUGUACGAAGAGAGUCCGCUAAGUUACUAUCCAACGGAACCUGAGCCGAUUAUUGAGAUCAUUAUUAAGGAAUCUAACGAAUCUCUGCCGACUCCGGUACCACCACCGCUUCCACCUCAACCACGGCCCACUAAGGAACCUAUUCAGGUGUUCUACGUCAAGUACGAGAAGAAAAAAGGUUACGGUGACAAGACUCGCGUCGUCUACGACCCGCCGAUUCCCGCGUUGACGCCGGUGGAGGAACACGAGGAGAUUAAACCGGAUAAUCACGUACCAUAUACGGAAGAACCGACACAGACGGCGACGUUGGCGCCGCUUCCGGAACCGUCGACGACUCUGCGCGCUAUUAUUCGACCCGACAGCGAAGUAUAUCACUCUGGCGGUAGUGGCAUUCGUGUGACCUUCGGCACCGAGCAAGUACCACCCAAUAGCCACAAUAAGCGCAGCGACUUGGAGACGCCGGGGAACAGUGCGCAACAACAUACCAGCAAACCGACAGUAUCUCCAGGAUCGCCGAAGAGACAGCACGGUCCGUACCAGCCGCUGCAGCCACCAUUGCAGCCUCCGCGAGUACUACCCGCAUUUCCGCAACAACGUAUCGUUAACUCAUUUCCACCUCAGCAGCAAGCGCUGCAGCAGCCGCCAACGUUUUUGCAGCAGCAGCAGCAGCCGCCGACGUUCUUGCAACAACAGCAAACGCCAACGUUCUUGCAACAGCAGCAACAUCAGCAACAGCCGCCACCACCACCGCCGCCACCACCGCCAUCGCAUCAUCAGACAUUUCCGCCUCAGCAACCCUUGAGAAAUCCGUCGCCAUCGCCAUCGAGAUCAUCCCAGCGACAUCCCAUAACGAUUCAGGGUUUACCAGAAGUGCAACAACGCGCACAAUUCAACAGUUUCGGCCCACCGCCGCAUCGUGUUAACAUCAAUCAUCCACAACAACCUGGAUUCCCGCCAAGUUUAUCAGUGUCGCAUCAAAAUGUACACUUGCAAAAUCAACCGCUACCGUUACCACAGAAUAACUUUGCCGAACCACCCCCACAGUCGCUAUCCAUUAGACCUGGAGGCUUUAACUCGGAGUCGCCGCAACAGCCGUUGCCCAGACCAAACAGCUUCAACGUUGAGCCUCCACCACAAUCGCUACCUCCGUUCAAACAGCAAGAACUGGAGAAGCAGCGGUAUCACGAGCAACGACGACAGCAAGAUGUGUUAAAACAACGGGAACAUCAACGGCAACACGAACAGCAGCGACAUCAAGAACACCAACGAUUCCUGGAACAGCAAAGACAAAUCGAACAGCAGAGAUUGUUGGAGCAACAGAGGCAGCAAGAACAUCAGAGACAACAGGAGCAUCAAAGACUUCAAGAACAGCAGCGAUUGCAGGAACAACAACGUUUACAAGAACAGCAGCAAUUUCAAGAGCUGCAACGUUUGCAGGAGCAACGUAGGCGGAAGCAGGAACAGGAGCAGAAGCUUCUUCAAGAACAACAACGAUAUCGCGCGCAGCUUAAAUACAAUCAGCCGCAGCUUCAACAACCGCAACGACCGGCAGGCGAAAUCUUCAAAGCUAUUCCGAAACUGGAGCAGCAUUACGCAAUCAGAGAGAAUCCGCUACAUCCCGGUCCGUUCCCACCAAAUCCCUCGGUAGUGCAACCAACCGCGUUUCCUGAAAUUUCUCAGAGCCAGUAUAUCUCACAAUCAGCGCAACCGCUCGAUAUUCUUCACGAAUCCCAACAAGUCUCCGCGAAUGUAUCACCGAGUCGUUACAUCUCCGCCGAUACUCUUCAGCAGCAACAUCAACAAUUAAACGCGAAACACCAGACCUAUCAAAACAAUCAACAGAGCUUCUUCUCGCAGAAUCGUCCGACGACGCAGCAACGACCGCAGAUCGCCUCCUCUCAACAGCAUUCCAUAUGGGGUCGACCGGUGCAGAACAAUCCCACGCAGAAGAUCUACGCGACGCCAGUUAGCCCUUCCGAAGACUUCAACUCGCUGUCGACUGCCAGAACGUUCCUGCCGACAACGACGUCCACGACAACGACUACAACUACCACCACGACUACCGAGGCGCCAACUACGCUCUCGCCGAACAAGGCGGCCAAGAUCCAGGAGAACAUCGCCAACCUGCCGGACGAAGUACCGGACGAUAUCAGGGAGCAGCUGCUGAGCUCCGGCAUUUUGGGCAACGCCGACAUUCAGAUUCUCGAUUACGACAAGAUCGGCGACAUACCAAUCGAGAAACUGCCGCCGGAAGCGCUGGCGAAUUUCUACGGCGCCGGAGGCGGUGCGGCUAUCGCUGCCGGCAGCGAACCUGUGCCGGCGAUCGCCAAGAAACCGGUGACGAAGACAGCGCAGCCGCCGUCGAAGAAGACGUCAUCCACCGUCGUCACCAUUUCCAGCAAUGGCGGUUCGACUAAGUUCGAGCAGGCUACCUUGCGACCCGGCGGCGUCGAGAUGAAAGUAGUACGCUUUGAUCCGAAUACGGAGCAAGGCCAGGCCGUGGCGGAGGCGCACAUACGGGACGACGCGACCCGGCUCGAGCCGGUGACCGUGAGAGCGCACGGAGACCCCGUUCAAUACAAUCGUUACUUGCCGCUUAAAGUGAGCGGUGCGUCCUUCCCGAUACCGGACGUGCCGGAGCUCAACGGCCGUAGGAUCUCGAGCGUCGUGGUGCUGGCACCUGUCGACUACGACUUUCUCGGCGGCGAGGAGAAGGAGAUUAUCACGGAUUCGCAGCGGCGCGGCAGAAAGGCCGGUGGCGACGUGCAGCCGGUCAGAUUUCUCGCCGGCGACACCCUCAAGCAACUCGUGAAGAAACCCACCGCGGAGAACUACAAGAAGUGGCUCGAGCAGGAGAGCCGCACCGAGCCGCAGAGACAGUCCGUUGUGCUUCUGGUCACCAUGCCGAGAGACGGCGGUGAUCAGGGUGACAAGGAAAUCUUCAUGUAUGAUGUGACCUCUGGAUCCGUCAGCAAACUGGCCGGUGACCUUUCAACAGCAUUUGUGGACGCCGCCGAAAGCAAUUCUGACGGUACUGACUCUAUCGAAAAUCCCUUCUCGACAUACUAAUUUUAUUUUAAAAAAGCUCUCCUUUUCAGUUCAAUGUUUAAAACAUAAUUUGUGGUCGCUAUACGCAGCUAUUUUCUGAAAGUUUCAUAAUUUAUUAUAUCCUACAGUGUUAUUACAUUUUAAACUUUAUUUUAAUUUAAACGAAUUGUCUCUUACAUUUUUUCAGAUAUAACAUAAUUAAUCGAAUAUAUUUCAAGUGGCUUAAAUUAAAUCAAAUUUAAUUUUGUUGUAUAUUUGUUCUCAUUUUGCAAUAAUGGAUAGAUUUAAAAAAAUGGAUUUUUUAGAUCUAUUAUACGACCGUAUCGUAAUUAAUAAAUAGUAAAUGCUGAUUUAUAAAAGAGGCGGAUAUAUUUUCCUCAAAUUGUCACAUAAUGCAUUUUUAUUGCAGUUAGAAUAAAAAAAGAGGCAGCUUCUUUUCAGAAUAAGAGGGAGAGUAUAUCGAGAGUAUAAUUAUAUAUGUAUUUCAAACUUAUAAGUAUC